AUGGUAGAAGACUACGGGAGAACUGAUGAAAGAAAGCAGUUUAUGAAGCCAAUAUAUGGUGAUCCAAUGAAAAAAAGAGAAGAAUUUUCUGUGAGUUUAAGAAAGAAAAGAAAAGAAGAACUGAUCAAAAGCAAGAGAUAGAAGAUCAGCAGUCUCAUGAACUCUCCUGCAGAUGAAUUCAAUUCAAAUGAGCUGAGUACUUCAGAUGAGGGUAACUAUGAUGUAGACAGUAUAACACUAGCUAUUUAAAGCUACCUACCAAAUGAAUUAUUAGAAGCUGAUUGGCCAAUAAAAAUGGACUUCCUACUUAAAAUGAUUCUUGAAAUUGAUCCUUAAUACGCAAUGAACUAUGGGCAUAUUGAGAAAACAAGGAAUGUUCUUAGACUUAUUAGAUCAUCAAUGAGCAAUGAUGUCAAUAUCAAGGCGAUAGAAUUCAUAUCGCAAACUAACUGUCUGUACUACUUUGGUUAGCUCUUAACUUAUCUUAUGAACUAUAAGGAUGAUAAAGUCUACUUUGAUUUGAUUAAUGAACUAACAUGGUGCAUUUUGAACUUUUCAUCAUCAGAAGAAUUCGAAUGCAGUAACUAGAUUGCUCUAAAUGACGCCAUUAUGAUGAACAUUGCUAGUCUUUUGCAUUCAGAUCAAAAUUCGUUCCAGGUCAAUGCAAUUUGGAUACUUUCCAAUAUAUUUGGAGAACUGAAUCUUGAACUUACAAGAAUGACCCUCAAUAAAACUAAUUAUAUGGACUACCUUGGAACCUUUAUAUGUUAAUCAAAUUCCUAGGAUGUUCUAGAGUAAAUGGCCUGGUCUCUUUGUAACAUUCUAUCAAUCAAGAAGUACCUAACGUAUGAGGAGAUACAAGUAAUCUUGAGGACAAUAGUCUAUAUCACUGAAUAGUUUGAUCCAACUAUCACACCUAAUUACAGAAGAUACAGAAAUAAAACAGUCAAAUAUAUUUGCUCGGAUAAUGCAGUUUUAGAUUCUGGAUUAAAGUUAUUUGGCACUUUAUUGUCUAAAGAGGAUAGACAUGCAAGAAUGUUUUUUGAAAAGUUCGGGGAUUUACAUCUAAUGAUAGCUUAAAAUGUUCUCACUAUUGAUAUUUAUCCUGGUGAAGCUUUCCUACCGAAUAGCGUCGAGCAUAAAACUGCUAUCACCAUCGUCAAACUAGGAAUAUGGGUGCUAUCUAAUAUUUCCGCAUGCCAACCAAUAAUACUAGAGAGAUUAUUUGACAACACAACUAUUGACAGAGUCAAGGAUUUAGCUCUAUAGUAUUUGGAAUAUACUCAAAAUAAAAGACUGCCCUAGAUCCUGUUCGUGGAAUGCAUGUAUUUCUUAUUAAACUUAAUAACAAACUCAACUCGCGAGCAGUUUAUCAAAUUAGUUUAGAGAGACUAUAUAGAUUUACUGGUUAUGCUUCUUAAAGAGGAUAGAAGUGAUAAGAGAUUAAUAGGCGUUGCUCUCGAAGCUCUUGAUAGGUACUUUAAUUAUGAUAAGGAAGUGAUGAUGUAGGGCGAUCUAUCUAUAAUUGACUACUUUUGCGCAAAUCAAGGUGAUGACUACUUAUAAGAAAUUACAUAACAAGAAAACUUCGAGCUUUAUAAUAUGGCUACUGCCUUAUGGGAGAAGUACAUUAAAUAGGAAGACGACUUUAUAUUUUCUCAACAAUAUCAGAAUAAUGCGAAUAUAUAUGAUGAUACAAGAUAACCCCCAGAAAUAGAUGAAAAUGGAAAUGUAGUUUAUGAGCCAUCAAACAUUGACAAUAAUUCUCAAAAGGCUGGCUUUUUAAUCUGA